CCUCAGUCUUUCCCCUCUCACUCUCUCUCUCUCUUUGAGGAGUGUAUUUGUACCCAAGUUCUCACACCUUCAUCGUUCCCUUUGGAACUACCAGUUUAGUUGAAACCUCUUCAACUCUUUCAUGGUGCUGAAAUUCGUAUACGCCCACUUGAAAAGUCUCAAGCUUUCCUCUGUAAUUAGCUUCUAAUAUAUAGAGUUUCUUCUUCUAGUGAAACCCGUUCCUAUUGCAGACUCUGAAUGAUCGAUGGCUCAAAAGCACUUGCACGAGCUACUGAAAGAAGACCAAGAACCCUUCUUUCUUAAGAACUACAUUGCUGACAGACGCUGCCAGCUCAAAAGGCCUUCACCCAAGACCCAUUUACAAGUCAAGAAGCGCAAACCCAUCUCUGAAACCCCAAGCUUUCCCGGAAACUUUUGUAAAAACGCUUGCUUUUUCUCCUUCCAAGACUCCCCGGACCUCAGAAAGUCCCCACUCUUCGAUUUUUCGUCUCCGGCUAAAAGCCCCUGCAGAAGCCCAAAUGCCAUUUUCCUACAAAUUCCUGCCAGAACUGCAGCUCUUCUUCUUGAAGCUGCUAUGCGAAUUCAGAAACAGUCAUCAACUUCAAAGUCCAAAACCCAGAACAAAAGCCAUCAUGGGUUUGGUGUAUUCGGAUCGAUAUUGAAGAGGCUAUCCCAUCGGAGCCGAAAGCGCGAGAUCGAAGGCGAUGAGGUUAACGUAUCAGUGAAGGAUAUUCUGAGGUGGGAUUCAUCAGUUGGGCGAAGAACUUCCAAUGAGAGCAUGAAAGCGCAGAAGAAAAAGGUGGCCGCGGAUGACAAAAGUGCUUGUGAGACAAGCUAUUCUUGUUCGUGUAAUGGUAGUGCUAUUUGGUCCGAAAGCAAUGAGGACAAGUCUUUGGAUAGGGACUCUUCUAUUUGUAGCCAGUCUGUUGACUCGGAAGUGAUUGAGUUUUUAUCCAAACGAAGAGAAGAUACAGAUUUCGCUUGCUGUGAUAAGCAUUUCUGCGAAAGCCCUUUCCGUUUCGUGCUCCAAAGAACCCCGUCGUCCGGUAGCCGGACGCCGGAGUUCAUGUCACCGGCGGCGUCUCCUAGUCGCCACAAAAAAGAGGAAAAUGAGACCAAUGGAGUUGGGAGUCUCAAAAAGUUCGAGGAGGAGGAGGAGGAGGAAGAAGAAGAGAAAGAACAGUGCAGUCCCGUCUCUGUAUUGGACCCUCCAUUCGAGGACGAUGACGAUGGACAUGUGAACUUGGACGAGGAUGAGGACGAAGACGAAAACGAGGACGGCAGUUUUGAUCAUGAAUGCAGCUAUGCCAUUGUACAGAGAGCAAAGCAGCAGUUAUUGCAUAAGCUUCGUAGAUUUGAGAAAUUGGCAGAAUUAGAUCCAAUUGAACUUGAGAAAAGAAUGUUAGAAGCAGAACAAGAUGAUGAUCAUGAUAAUAAUGCUGAUGAUGACCUAGAGGAAGAAGAGGAAUGUGAAGAUGAUCUGGAAACAUCACUUAGAGAAAAGAAUGUUGAUGAGUUUGUUAUGCAAGUCCUCGGCAAAUCGCGCUUCCAUAAUCUACUGCGAAUCCCAGAAGACAUGAAGAGAUUGGUUUCAGAUCUCAUUGUUGAGGAGGGAAGAGAACAGAAUGCCUUUGACAACAGUGAAGAGGUGGUGAAUAAGGUUUGUAAGGGGUUGGAGUCAUGGAAAGAGGUGCAAUCCAACACCAUUGAUAUGAUGGUGGAGCAAGAUUUCAGAAAAGAGUUUGAUGGGUGGAAGGGAAAUCAGGAGCAGGUAGGACAGAUGGCAUCAGAGAUUGAGUUGGCUAUCUUUGGAUUAUUGGUGCAGGAAUUCUCAGAGGAACUAGUUUCUCUUAGAUGAAAUUGACGGCGGAAAUUAUUAAAGCUGAGGUUAAAUUUUUGGUUUAACUUUGUUUAAUUUUUUAAUUAAAUUUAAAUUGAAGCGUAGUCUGACUUGCACCAUGAAGGGAUAGGCCAAAUAGGAAAAUGACUCAAGAAGGCAGGAAAGAUGUGAGUUAGAUGGUAACAGGUAUUAUGUAUAUCGAUCAUGUAAUUAGUGGGGAAUGGUGCAUUUAUCCUUGCUCAAUGAAACAUGUCAUGUACAAUUAUUGGCCCUUUAUGUAAUUAUUGAUUUUUUUUUUUUU